AGUGACGGCUCGACGGCGGCUGCAUCGACGGCGUUUUAUUACUACAGUAGUGGAAGGAGAUAACGAAAUACGUAGCGUGGAUGGAUAACGGUGUUUUCCUCCGGAGGAAGGAGAUAGUCGCGGCGCGCACGUGAAGUCCAGCGAGCCAGUGUCGCGGAAACUGCGAGAAGAGACGAGGUUGGUCUCGGCCGCCGGCCAGUUCCUCAAGCGUUCCCGAAGAGGAGUCGUCCUCGUUGCGAUUUCCUGAGGUCCUGAGAUCGCCGGUGACGUCUCGGUUUGUCGUCGUAGUUGGCUUCUCGGACAACCUUGGUGUUGAUAUAUUAUGGACAGAACACGACUGGCGUAUGUUACGGCCGCCGCGGUGGGUGCCGGCACGGCAGUUUUCUUCAUCUGGUGGUGGUGGAUCAGAAAGCAAAAACCUCAGCCGCCGUCCAAAUGGCGUAAAGUUGGAGAACUGAGCGACCUGAUCGCCUUCCCGGUCAAAUCGCUCGGUGCGGUUCGCAUCACAUCGAUGGAAUGCACACCUUUAGGCCUAAAGUCCGGUUGGAUGAGAGAUCGGACGCUGAUGGUGAUCGAUCUCGACGGACGGUUUAUCACCGCCAGACAACUGCCGAAAAUGGUUCAGGUGUCGCCCAACGUCUCUGGUUCUGUACUAACGCUCCGCGCUCCAGGAAUGAUGUCGGUGUCGGUGGACCUUGCUCAGCUUCGCGGCAAAGGUUUCCGAGCUGCUGUGUGGGGCCAAGCAGUGCCGGCGUGCGACUGCGGCGAAGAACCCGCUCGAUGGCUGUCACGUUUCCUCCUUCAGGAGGACGUCGGUCUCAGAUUGGUAUAUUACACGUUAAAUCGGUCGUCGAGGAGUGUGAGAGAAGUAAACAAGUAUUUCCCUUUAACAGAGGCGGAUACCGGAGCCUAUCCAGAUGCGUCAAGUUACUCUCUGAUCAACGAGGCCUCGAUAACGGAUCUUAAUAACCGGCUGGAGGAACCAGUCACGCCGCAGCAAUUUCGCAUGAAUUUCGUGGUCAAGGGUGCCACCGCUUACGAGGAAGAUAAAUGGGACUGGGUGAAGAUUGGCGACGUGAUAUUCAGAAGUGUCAAGCCAUGCACGAGAUGCAUCUUUACUACGAUAGAUCCGGAAACCGGCACGAAGAAUCCCAAAGUGGAACCUCUGAAGACCUUGAGGAAUUACAGGCAAAUAACCGAUCCCGAGGUACGACCUUAUGUCGGUGAUAGUCCGAUUAUGGGCAUCCAUCUUGCAUUAAGAGGACCUAACGAGACGGUCCGUUUGGGCGAUCCCGUUUACGUGGGUGUAUCGGAGGAGCCGGAGGAAACACCGCCUUUGAUUUCACCGUCAUAGCUGUGGCGUUGGGAUUCUUGCGAACAUUUGGGACACGAGCGAAAUAUCGACGCUCCAACGCUCGAGGACGAAGAAACUGGAGAAACGGUGUCCGGGAUCAGCGAUGGCUGAGACGCGCAAUGUUCGUAAAGACGAUGGAACCAUGAUAAGCGGUGAAGUAUCUCCUAUAAUAAGCUUUGCAAUGUGGAUUUAAACGAGCAACGAUUGGGAUUUAAUGAUUUAACUAAAUCCACGCGAUCUUUGUGUUGUUACGGAAUUGCGAUUAGUGUGCGUCCUAGAAAUUCAGAAAUAUAUUUUGUUAAAUCGUUAAGGGAUUAGUGUCUUUUUCCUGUAUGUGUGCACGUGCGCGCGCGCGCGUGUGUGUGUGUGUGUGUGCGAAUCAUGUUUACGUAAAAUGAUCGAUUUAAGAUAGAGAAACGAGUCUCAAUUUGUUUUAAGAUCGAGACUGCGGUAGAAUUUCGGUAAUUGAGUGAGAGGGUGCAUCUCCGCAAGCGGUCUCGGAAAAUAGACAGAUAUGUUUGAACUGACAGCCCAGUAAACACCACAUGACAGUAACAUCAACAAUGUAAGUGCAAUUUAACGUACGACGUUGCAUUGUUGAACAGGAAAUGACAGCGUAAUAUUAUUGUUAUCAGACGUUCACUGGGAAGUGGCUUCGAUUUUAAUACGAUAUUUCAUCGAGUGUUGAUAAUGUAUACGACCUUAAAAUGAAUGAUAAGAGUGUGAUUAACGCAACAAUAAUAACACGAGUCUGUUGCAUAA